AUGACGACGCCGCCCGACGAGGCAGAUGCGCCUCCUCCUCCUCCCCCGCUCCCCGACUAUCCCGUCCCGCCGUCCCUCGACCUCGACCCCGUGCCGUCCAAACACGAGCUCUUCACCGCGACGACGUCCUCUCCGUUCUCCGCCCCGCCUCCCGCCGAUGAUCCCCGAGUCUCGCUUCGACAUCCCCACUCCUCCUCGAACACCGUCAACCGAAUAGACGCCUCGCCCGAACCAAGCACAUUGAGCGAGUUUCGCGACUCGGAGGGCCCAGCCCGGCGGAUGACGCGCCUGCGGUCCCUGUUCGAGUCGCUCCCUCCCCCUUCUCCACCCUCGACCACCUCGCCUCUCCCUCCGACACCCGACGAAGCCCCGCCACCGACAGAAGACGAAGCGACACGCUGCGCACAAGAUCGGAAAGCCUACGCGCGCGAGUUGUGGCGGAAAUGCGGCGCCUCGGUCGCUGCGUCGGUUCCUCCUUCACCCACUCCCUCUUCCUCGACCGCGCCACCUCCCUCGUCCGACAACGAGCGCCAACGAACCGCUGCCCUUGCCGCCGUGCGAUGGAAGGCGUUCGAGCAGUACGCGGAGGAGAAGGAGCGCGAGUUGUGGCGCGCGUUCGUCGAGCUCGACCACGACGGCGACAUGCGGCUGCGGAAAGACGAGGUGCGCGAGGCGUGUCGCCGGGCGGGGAUCGACGUGCGGGACGGCGCGAUAGACGAGUUUGUGAGGACGGUCGACCGGAAUGGGGACGGCGCGAUCAGUUUCGACGAGUGGAGGGACUUUCUCCUGCUACUGCCUCGCCAAACGUCGAUGAAGGAGAUCUGGCGGUAUUGGCAGGCGAAGCGAUUAGAGCGGCCUUCGAUGAGCCGGCUGACGCAGGAUGGCGAUGUCGUGAUCGGACGAGGCAAGUCGGGGUGGAACAAGCUCCUCGGCAAGUCCACAGGCUCGUCCGCGUCGUCGACUCGAACACGCCCCGACGAUCGCGAAGCCGCGCAACGACUAGCCGACGCGACGAACCUGCACAAGCUCGAGCCGGUCAAUGACGAGCAGAAGUACGUCGCGGCGUGCGAGCGGUUGCGGGCUGAGCGGCGGAACAAGGGCAAGGCGCGCGCGAAUGCCGAAGCGGUCGCCAAGGCACCUGCGUCGUCGACCUCGCUCGACUUUGAGGAGAGCGGCGUGAUCGUGACGGACAAGGAGCGCGAGGAGGUCAAGCCGGCGACAAAGGUUGAGCAGGCGCAGGUUGCGACGGUGCGGGAAGAGGAGGAAGAGGAGGAGCACGAGCCGACGCACGACAUGUUUGCCGGCGCGGGCAAGUUUCUGCUUGCGGGAGGACUCGCUGGAGCAGUGUCUCGGACAGCGACCGCCCCGUUCGACCGCCUGAAAGUCUACCUGAUCACCUCACCCGCCUCUGCGCCGCCCAAACCCGAUCCCGCCGCCCAACUCGCCAAGUCGGGCAAACCACCACGUCCUGGCGCCGGCACGCUGGUCAACGCCAUUCGCACAGUCUACGCUCAAGGCGGUGGCAUCAAGGCGUUCUGGACGGGCAACGGGCUGAACAUCAUCAAGAUCUUUCCCGAAUCGGCCAUCAAGUUCCUCUCGUACGAGUCGGCGAAGCGCAUCUUUGCGCAGUACUGGGACAAGGUGCCCGACCAGACGCUCAUCUCGAACUCGAGCCGAUUCGUCGCGGGAGGAAUCGGCGGCGUCAUCAGCCAGUUCUGCAUCUAUCCGAUCGAGUCGCUCAAGACGCGCGUCAUGUCGUCGAGCGGCGGCUGCAAGAAGGGCAACGCGCUCAUCUCGCAGACGGCGCGCGACAUGUGGCGGUCAGGCGGCUUCCGCUUCUUCUUCCGCGGCCUGCCAGCGGGCCUCAUCGGCGUCUUCCCGUACUCGGCCAUCGACAUGUCGACGUUCGAGGGCAUCAAGCUCGCGUACACCAAGUGGGCGGGCGAGGAGCCUGGAAUCGCUGGCAGCCUGACUUUCGGCGCAAUCAGCGGCGGCGUCGGUGCAUCCAGCGUCUACCCUCUCAAUCUCGUCCGCACACGCCUGCAAGCGCAAGGCACACCCGCACACCCGCAGACCUACACGGGCAUCCGCGACGCCGCCUUCAAAUGCUACCAGCGCGAGGGAUGGCGAGGCUUCUACAAAGGCCUCACGCCGACGCUCGUCAAGGUCGUCCCCGCCGUCGCCAUUUCAUACGCCGUCUACGACACGUCGAAGAAGAUGCUCUUCGCGCAGGAGGAGCCGGUCUGCCACGCCCACGACGAAGACUCGACCGAAGAGUCGUAA